AUGAAAUUCUUGCUCUACCUUGUUACGUUCUUUCUCCUCUUAAACGUUUUCGCAACCGCACAAUCUCUCAUUCGAGAUUCUUGCAAGAAAGCUGCAGCUAAAAGCCCAAACGUCAAACUCGAUUUCUGCGUCAAGUCUCUUGAAGGUAAUCCGCAGAGCAAAACCGCAAAAACUCUCGUCGAAUUAGUCAUUGCAUCAACGAAGAACGCUGCGACGAAAACGACGAGCUUGAAAGCAAUGGUUAACAAGAUUCUCAAGGAGAAGAAAUAUGCGAAAGACAGUGAGAUGCCAUUACGAGAUUGCCUCGAGCUUUAUACCGAUGCUUCUGCUUCCUUAAACGAAGCUUUGACGAGCGUUAAAUCGCGAGACUACAAGACCGCUACAGUGGCUAUGAGUGCUGCGAUGGAUGCACCGAGCACAUGUGAAACUGGAUUCAAAGAAAGAAAAACGCCUCAGAAAUCUCCGUUUGCCAAAGAGAACGAUGUUUUGUCUCAGACGAUUCUGAUUCCUUUAGCUUUUACAAACAUGUUGAAAUGA